AUGGAAUUAUUCAUCGUCUUAUUGACUCUUAUUUGCAAUGUUCAUCUUAUUCUCACUGCCCCGCCAUCAUUGUCAAGCUUUGACGAUCGGGUGACUGCUGUUCUGAAUCGUAUGACAAUCGAAGAGAAAAUUGGACAAAUGACCCAAAUUACUAUCAAUUUAAUAUUGGAAGACGCAGCUAAACCAUGGGAUGAGAUCGAAGUUGAUACUGAAAAACUUCGUAUAGCUAUCGAAGAUUUCAAAGUUGGUUCGAUUUUGAAUGUUGCCGAAACCGGUGCUUAUGACCUUGCCAAAUGGCAUACCAUCAUACAAAAAGUUCAAGAUGCAGCAAAUAAAAGUCGAUUGCAAAUUCCUGUGCUUUAUGGUAUCGAUUCAAUCCAUGGUGCUAAUUAUAUUCGAAAUGCUGUUUUAUUCCCUCAAGCAACUGGCUUAGCGGCAACGUUUAAUACAGAUUUAGCUCGAGAUCUAGGUAAAAUAGUGGCACAUCAAACACGUGCUGCUGGAAUUCCAUGGAGUUUCCAUCCACAAGUUGAUAUUGGUCGUCAAAAACUGUGGUCAAGACUAUGGGAAACGUACGGUGAAGAUGUGAAACUUGUGAAAGACAUGGGUCGAGCGUAUACAGAAGGAAUGCAAGGAGAUGAUCUGACAUCACGUGAAAAUGUUGCUGCUUGUUUAAAACAUUAUGUUGGUUAUGGAUUACCAUUAUCAGGAAAAGAUCGAACACCGGCGUGGAUUGAUGAACGACAUAUGUUAGAAUAUUUCUUGCCACCUUUUGAAGAGAGUGUUCGUGCUGGUGCUGUCUCAGUGAUGAUCAAUUCUGGUGAAGUCAAUGGCAUUCCUGGUCAUGCAAAUUAUCAUCUAUUGACUGAAGUUCUCAAAGAACAAUACGGAUUUCAAGGUUUUACUGUUUCCGAUUGGGAAGAUAUCAAACGUCUUCACGAACGCGAUCAAACUGCUGAAACACCGAAAGAAGCAGUUCGUCAAGCAGUUAUGGCCGGUGUCGAUAUGAGCAUGGUUCCAUUUGAUUAUUCAUUCUAUAAUCUAACACUUCAAUGUGUUAACGAUAACAUCAUACCAAUAUCUCGUAUAGACGAUGCAGUACGUCGUAUUCUUCGCGUGAAAUUUGCAUUAGGUCUGUUCGACGGAAACACUGCUUGGCCAGAUACUUCAGCUAUCGAAACAUUUAAUAAGUCAGAAUAUCAUCAAACGAAUCUUCGUGCAGCAUGCGAAGGAAUCACUUUACUUAAAAAUCAAAAUGAUGUUUUACCUUUGGAUGUGAAUCAAAUCACUGAAACUAAAAAAUUAGUCAUCACCGGUCCGACAUCCAAUGUUUUAACAUCACUUAAUGGCGGUUGGUCUUAUACCUGGCAAGGCAAUGAUCAAUCAAUAUAUCCACAGAAUUUAAUAACGAAAACCAUUCUGGAAUCAUUUCGAACACGUUUGGGCUCAUCAAAAAUUGAUUAUUACAAUAGUUCUACAUUUAAUCAAUUAUUGGACCUUGACAAUCUAUUGAACGCUGUACAAAAUGCAGGUUAUAUCAUCGUAUGUCUCGGUGAACAAGCUUAUACAGAGACACCAGGCAAUAUCGAUGAUUUAACAUUGGAUGAAGCUCAGCUACAAUUAGUCGAAGCAAUUCGAAAUCGUACACAAGUUCCCAUCAUCACAGUGCUGGUAGAAGGACGACCACGAAUCAUUCGUCGAAUUGUCAAUUUAUCAUCAGCUAUUCUCAUGAUGUAUUUACCUGGUAUGGAGGGAGGCCAAGCGUUAGUUGAUGUUGUGUUUGGUAAUUACAAUCCAAGUGGAAGAUUACCAAUAACAUAUCCAAAAUAUAAUCAUCACUUGUCAACAUAUGAUUAUAAAUGGGCUGAAGCUAAAAUAGGCAACUCAAUCGAUGUAGAAUUCGAAUUUGGACACGGAUUAAGUUAUACAACAUUUGAUUAUUUAAGUUUGACUGUGCCAUCGACGAUGAACUGGGAUGAUCAAUUGCGUAUAACUGUGAUUGUUCGUAAUAGUGGCACAAGAGCGGGUGAUCAUACAAUACUAUUGUAUGUUUCAGAUGUUUAUCGAACGGUGACUCCACCAAAUAAGGAAUUGAAAGGAUAUAGGAAAAUAUCGCUUGCCGUCGGUGAACAGAAAUCAAUCGACUUUAAUUUGACUCGUCAAGAUUUGUCAUUCAUUGGUAUUGAUUUAACUCGUCAAACUGAACCUGGUGUGUUCAAUGUCGCUGUUGCGAAUCUAACAGGUAGCUUUAGAUUAAUAAAAGGAAGUCAAUCGGGAACUGCAGCAUCAAUAUCGAAAUCACACUACCAACAAUCGAUCCUACUGUUUAUUAUGAACAUGUUUCUUUUCUUAAUUAUGAUCGUUUUGUAA